GUGAGAGAAAAAAAAAAUACACAGCAAGAGAGACGGAGGAGAGAGGCGAAGCCGGAGCUGAGCCGCCUUGUAUCCGCCGGCAUCCCGCGCACCGAGCACCCGCCCCGACCCCGGCAGCACACCGGCAUCACCCCCGCAGAGCGCUCCACCAGAACAGGCAGAUCGGGAGAAGCGCAGAGAAAAAUUUCCCUACUAGAUGACAUUUCAUCGCAAUGUCCGAUCGUUUGGGGCAGAUAUCCAAGGGAAAGGAUGGGAAAAGCAAGUACUCGUCUCUCAACCUGUUUGACAAGUAUAAAGGGAAGUCAAUAGAAGCUGUCAGAACCACAGUUAUACCUAGACAUGGCUUACAGAGUCUUGGGAAAGUUGCCGCUGCUCGGCGUAUGCCUCCCCCUGCAAACCUGCCAAGCCUGAAAUCUGAGAACAAAGGAAACGACCCCAAUAUUCUUAUAGUGCCCAAAGACGGAACAGGAUGGGCAAACAAACAAGAGCAUCCAGACCAAAAGAGUUCCAGUGUGACAGCUCCUCAGCAGCCGGAGUCGCUGCCGCAGCAGGGUUUGCCGAAAUCUGUCUCCAGUUUACAGAAACCGACCACAGUGAACAGUUCGGAGAAUAUAAGUUUAGUGCCAGGUGGACCAAAGUCAUGGGCUCAGCUGAACGGAAAGCCAGCAGGACACGAAGGUGGUUCAAGGGGCUCAAACCGACUGUUGUCCUUCUCUCCCGAGGAAUUUCCAACGCUGAAAGCAGCUGGCGAGCAAGACAAGGCUGGCAAAGAAAAGAGCGGCUUAGAUCCGUCGUAUGGGCCCGGACCAAGCCUCCGCCCCCAGAGUAAGCCCCUCGCCCUGCUUCCCGAUGUCACCAGUUGGAGGGAGGGCGGUGGGAGAAGCAUCACCGGUGGCGUCUCUCCAACCGUCUCUCCUACUGAGCCGGGCAGCAAAUCCACUGCUCCUGCAGAUAGUGCCCCCUCCACAGUGCAAGCUAGUAGUGACCCUAAGGAGCUCUCGCUGCGCCCGGCUCAGCCCACCAGAAAAGGGGCUUCACCGUUCAUGGGAAACACCUACCAUCCACCUACAUACCAUGAUAUGCUGCCAGCUUUUAUGUGCUCUCAGCACUCUGCAGAACCCACUGGGACAUUGGAUCGAGCUUCCUUCCCCGUCCUUUCCUCUCAAUCUCGCCUUGAACCUCGCGUACCCUUUAGACAAUAUCAGAUGAACAGUCAGGAUGGCAGAAAAGAUAUCAGGCCUAGCGGUGGCGGUUUACGGCCUGUGCGGUCACAGCGCCCUCAACCGGAGAGGGCUCCGCGAGCCACCAUUAUAAACGCAGAAGAUCUCAAAGAACUGGAUGACCUGGACAAUGACGCUGAAGACGGCUGGGCUGGCAUUCACGAUGAAGUGGAUUAUUCUGAGAAACUAAAAUUUAGUGAAGAUGAGGAGGAAGAAGAAGCCCCGAGAGACAGAAGUAAAUGGAUCGGCUGGGAGUGCCGGAGGCAGCGCCAAGUUUCCUUUAAUUCUACUGAAGGCACCGAAGCCAAACACCCUGCAGAGGAUGGGAAAGUAUGGAGCGAGCAAGUGGCACAUCCACGCCCAACCAGAAGGGGGCAGGAAGCUGUGCAGACCACUCCACGGAAAGCCAACAGCUGGGCCGCCGUAGCUGAACACCCGAAGCCUUCGGCAGUCUCUGUAUUGCGGCAGCCUUCUGUUGAGGAGAAGGAAGAGAAAGCUCCUCCGAGGCAGAAGUUCGUUACCUCUGAAAUAUCAGAAGCAGUUGAACGAGCUCGUAAGCGACGUGAGGAGGAAGAGCGCCGGAAUCGCGAAGAACGGUUAGCGGCCUGUGCUGCAAAACUAAAACAGCUGGACCAGAAGACCAAACAGGCUUCUAAAUCUGGGGCCGAGACUCCGAAGCGAAUGGAAAACAAAGAGAACGAAGACCCCAGAUCUCCAGUGUCAGACCGAAGCAUUCCUCAGGAGAACGCCCAGAAUUUCCGAAGAGAUUAUUCCCAGGAAUCUCCCUCCGAGUAUAUAGACGAGGAGCCUCCUGCAGCCCCCAGAGCUGAGAGCAGCAGUGAAGAUGACUGCAGAGAGUCUGCGUCUCCAGUGCAGGAUUUCAGCAAGCACCAGAAGCUGAUGCCACCGAGGUUCCAGAGGCAGCAACAGGAGCAGUUAUACAAGAUGCAGCAGUGGCAGCAGCAAGCUUAUGUGGCGUCUACCCACUCCAGCCACCCGCGCACCUUCUACUCCCAUCCCCCCCAGGUGUUGGGGUUUGAUCCUCGCUGGAUGAUGAUGCCUUCCUAUAUGGAUCCCCGGAUUCCUCCCGGUCGUGCUGCUGUAGAUUUCUAUCCUUCUUCCAUACACCCACCAGGUGUGAUGAAACAUAUUAUCCAGCAAGAAGCUGUGGGUGGAGGCUGCCAGCCCGAGGAUUGCCAGCCGUCAGAACGCAGUCCUCAGUCUGCUGAACCGGUGUCUGGAUGGAGCCAGGAGAGUUACAUGCACUUGCAGAGCAAAGCCUAUGCCCUGGCGCAGCAGAAGCCGAUGGACGGUGCUGCGGACGGCUGUUACAGCAGGAAUGAGAGCUCUUACUGCUCCCUAAGGGAGAGGUCCGAUGCUGUCCAUGCCCACCAAGAGUCUUUAGAUGAGAGGGGCGAGGAAUAUCUUAUUGGAAAUUAUGAGAAGUCUGCGGGGGUGUUCAGUAGCUGCCUCUCGCCCCAAAGAAAGGGUCAGGACAGCUCCUACCAUCAUCUGGAGAGUGUGGCGGACUCUGGUGUCAUUGGGGGGCCGCAAAGCAGUGCGCAGUGCAAGCAGUCAGAGUUUAUGAAUGACAAGAAGCCGCAGUUUAAUGGUUGGGGGUAUGGGCAUCAUCAGAAGUCUUCUGAUACGGCUAGUAGUGCAGAAGAGGAGCCUAAAGAAGAGCUUAAUGUGGUCCAUGAGGCAUGGAAAAGGCAAGAGCAAGGAGGUCAGGACUCUACUGGUGGAGCAGACUGGAGGAACGAGUCCGUUCCCAACUCUAACCAACCACACUCUGAAAGCCUGGGAAGGAGUCGCCGGACCGGUCCUAUAAAGAAACCCAUACUGAAAGCUCUUAAGGUGGAGGAGAAGGAACUAGAGAAAAGCAAACCCGAAACGAAGGAGCCUGUGAAAACCAUGAAGGAAAAGCUGCUCUCAAAGCUAGACAGUGCGCCAAAAGUGGAGCCUGCGCCUAUAAGCUCCUCCUCUAGCGCUCAGGUCGAGGAAAAAACCCAACUUGGCGUCCAAGAGUCUGAAAAUGUUCCCCAGGAGAAGAUUGAAAAAAGUUGGGGCACAAAGUCAUCUGCUCCUCGUGAGUCUAACUCUGUUCCUCAAACCAAAAAGAGCAACUGGAUAUUUAUUGAUGAGGAGCAGGCUUUUGGGGGUAGAACCCGAGGCAGAGGAAGAGGGUUCAGAGACUUCAGUUUCCGAGGCCGAGGUUCUGCUGGCCCUUAUAAUGGUCAGAGGGUCAACCGAGGCCGAGGGCUUCGAGAAUUUAACCCCACUGAGGAUUUUCGAAAUAGGUUCUCCCGGCGGCGGGGUGUUAGUGAAACCCACAGUGAAGGGUCUGAAUAUGAGGAGCUACCCAAACGUAGACGCCAGCGGGGGGCAGAGAACGAACCCCCUAUGGAAAGAGAAGCUGAUGACACAAGAAAAGGAGACUUCCAAGAUUCUUGGCGAUCCAAUAGAAAUUACUCGGAUGACUCAAAUAGUAUAGACUCUAAAUCCCGGGCCCCGAGGGCAUUUGGAAGAUCGCUUCCUCCCAGGCUUAGUAACAGUUACAGCAGACGGCCAUUCCCCUCUAAGGAGUCUUCACACUGGAACGCUAAGUCUGGAGGGUCUAAUUGGCAAGAGUACAAUGGAUCAUCAGAACCAUAUGGAACACGGCACAGCGCCGACCGAGAGCAUGGCGGUGACUACAACUACACUGACUCCCUCCAUCAUAGGAGAGGCUUCGAUGAAACCCAAGGAGAUGACAGGCGGCCAUUUUUCCAAGAUGAAUAUUCGGAUCGAGAGAGUUUGGACAAAAGAUCAUUUGUUAGAAGACGACCGCCUCGUCAAGAUAAACCCCCCAGAUUUCGGCGUCUCAGGCAGGAAAGGGAAACUGCCGGGCCCUGGAGUGGGGAAGAGGUGGGCGGCUAUGUGAACAAUCAUGAGCACUGGCAGGCCCGUCCAAAGAUGACCUUUCCUGAGAGACCCGGGCCACCUGCCAGAAGAUCUCCAGAUCGUCCCUACCACAACUCCGACCACGUGAACGAGGAUUGGGAAACUGCAUCUGAGAGCAGCGACUUCAGCGAGAAGCGGCCAGGAGAGGCGGACGGAGACGGAAACCUUUCUGGAAACGGCUUCUCUGAGAAAAGAGAACUGUCUAAAAGGAGCUUCUCCAGCCAGAGACCUCUGGUAGACCGACGCAAGGUGGAAACCUCUGGAUAUGAUGAGAGGCCACCAAGGGUCGGAGGGAAUCCUCGUGACUACCAGCAAAACUCCACCUCUGCCAAGACUAGUCGCUGUUCUGAAGAUUCUUAUACGCAAGAUGGCAGCCACCACCGAUACGGGUUAGAAAGGUCUGCUCAGUGUGACAGCGGAGAGGCUUCAGGCAAGAGCUUGGAGCGGGAUUCCAGGCCGGCAGGGCUCAAAGCGGGCGAGAAGUCGGAAGCCAUGACUGCUUUUGAUCUGAAAUACGGAGACUCCGUUAUUGAGGAGGACGCCGAGGCGGGAGCAGAGUCCUAUUCCGACAUGAACAGUAAGCCCCGACGAGCUCUGGACAAAGAUCGCAGGAAAAAGGAUCAGAUGGUUCAGGUGACUACCAAGAACAGCAGCCUACAAUCAAGGAUUCCUCCUCGUUUCGCCAAAAAGCAGAACGGCAUGUGCCUGGACCAGACUGAGGUUCCUGGUAAAGAGAUCUGGGAGAGCAGCACUCAAGGUAUCUCCGUUCAGACCGGCAGUGAUACUUGGAGCAAGCCUGGCAGCAGCUUCAGUACAGAGUCUGCCUCCUCAGAGGGUUUCAAAGGCAGCCAGGGCGACAGUGGCAUUGACCUGAGCGCUGAAUCCAGAGAAUCGUCUGCCACUUCCUCACAGCGUAGUUCUCCAUAUGGGACAAUGAAACCAGAGGAGCUGAAUGGCGCAGUCAUGGAGUCGAAAUCUGACUGCCCUAAAGAGCAGGGUCAGAAACAGUCAGAAAAGAAGGAGCCAGACUCUGGGCCGGGAAUGAACAAGGAGCACAAACCCGGUCCCAUUGGCAACGAGCGCUCUCUAAAGAACCGGAAAGGUUCAGAAGGGGCAGAGCGAUUAGAGGGCAGUGUGCCUCCUGUCAAUGGCGUCGAAAUCCACGUGGAUUCUGUUCUUCCUGUUCCCAAUAUUGAAUUUGGAGUAAGCCCGAAAGAUGCGGAUUACUCUUUACCCCCUGGAUCUGCUCCUGGACCUGCUGCUAGCUCCGUUGUGAAGCUUCAGGACGCCCUAGUGAACAAGGUGAGAAAUGAAAAAAAAUCCUCUCGUUAUCUCCCAAUUCUAUUCAGAUGCCCCUCAGAUCCACAGCACAUCACAAUACACGUUUCGAAUGUGACAUCCGCAUGUAGCGACACAAGGAGUGCCUCCGAUCCGGCUGGUCUGUCACAGUCCAUACCCAUGCUGAGAAGAGAUCAUCACCUGCAGCAAGGGAUGGGACUAACCCCCAUGUCAUACCCCACUGCCGACCUUACACUGAAGAUGGAGUCUGCCCGCAAGGCCUGGGAAAACUCGCCCAGUUUGCCAGAACAGAGUUCCCCAGCCGGCCCUGGCUCGGGUAUACAGCCACCCUCCAGUGUUGGAACGUCAGCAGGUGUCAAUUACAGCUCAUUUGGUGGAGUGUCAAUGCCACCCAUGCCCGUUGCCUCCGUGGCCCCUUCAGCAUCUCUUCCAGGUAACCACAUUCCCCCUCUCUACCUGGAAAGUCACAUGUUUGCAGGGCAGCCGCGCCUGGUCCAGCAGACGAUGCCUCAGCAGCAGGGAUACCAGCAGGCCGCAGCCGCCCAGCAGAUCCCUAUGUCACUGCACACGUCGCUGCAAGCCCAGGCUCAGCUGAGUAUGAGGGGAGGACUACCCGUCUCCCAGUCACAGGAAAUGUACAGCUCCAUGCAGCCGUUUAGGUCCCAGGUGUACAUGCACCCCAGCUUGUCACAGGCCAGUGCUAUGGUUCUGACCAGUGGCACUGGUCUCAAGGCUCAGUACUCGCCAUUUCCGGGAAUGCAGCCUCUGGAGAUGGUGAAGACGCAGGCGGCAUCCCCUUAUCAGCCUCUGAGUGGAAGUCAGCAGCUGAUGUAUGAAAGUCAGCUGAACCAGGCAGCCGGCAUGAUGGACUCCCCCCUCACACAGUUAACCAUGCCAAUGGCCGGCUCUCAGCUUGGGAUGCCUCGGUAUAGCUCCGGACAGCAGCCAAUGCUUCUGCCGCAGUCCAUUCAGAUCCCACAGGGACAGAACAUGCCGGUGGGCGGCCCGCGGAGGAUGCAGCCUUCAGUCCUGACAGCAGGUCGAGAGUUUCCUCCUCAGUCGUCUCAGAUGGAGAUGAAGGGAUUUCAUUUCACAGAAGGCAAGCAGAGUAUGCAGACCGCAGCCUCUCUGCAAGCACAGCACUCAUACCGGCCAGCUUCAGCUAGUCCCAGUGGAAAGUCACCAGGAGCGGGGCCAUCUGCCAACUUGGGACACUAUCCUCAACAGCAGGUAAAGCCGAGGACUGACGAGAAGUGCGGCCUGGUUUCCCCUAAACUUCCUGACGCGCCCACUGCAAGUCAGAUGAAGCCGGUUCGGACAGGGGCCAUCAAGACUUCAGUGGCGAAAAUGGAGGAGAGCGCGGCCUGAGAAGCGGUUCCCAUUUUUAUUUUAUUUUUUGUAAAUACCUACUACUUCUUCGCGCCUCUCACGCAUCUCCGUCUCCUCCUGCUCCUUGUUUGGAUUCUUCCUUGGUGGAGCGCGACCUUCCUUCCCUCCACAGUCACAUGUACAGGCGGACGGCGACCCCUCCGAGAACUGUUUGAAAAAAA